ACCUUUCUGGAGACAUAGCUGAUGAUUAUCGAUAGCAAGAGAAGUUAAAGGCGAUCGAGGCCGAAAAUGGCGACCUCUUCGACGAAGAUCGGAGCAACACCGUCAACUGCUGGAGGCCGGAAAGCGCCGAGUACUAGAGAAGGCUCAGCAAAAGCAAUGGUGGCCGAUCAAAUAUCACAGGUUGUUCAAUCCACAUCGAAUCUCCUCCACCUCAUGCAACAAUCCUCUCCUUCUCAGAGCCACCUUGUAAAGCUUCCAAAAAACCUUUUGGCUAAAGCAUCAACUAUAAAGAACACUGAGCAGGUACUGGAGCAGAUGCCCCGUGUAAUAUCAUCGUUGGAUGCACAUAUAGACAGUGGCUUACAAAGUGUUUCUCAUCUGAAAACCGUAAUCCAGUUACUAGCAAAUAUUGAAAGCUCCCAGUUCAAGUGUUUAUCAUCCGAACCUCCACGAGAGGAACAACCAAAGGAAGAAGAGGAGGAGCGACUAACUGAGGUGUCGAAUAGCUGAGUUUAUUCUUAAUGGCCUGUCGACUUUUAUUUUUCUGUUUUGAUGCAUCAUUUUCUACUCUUGACGAGAAAUUUAACAUCUUCCCUUGACAGUUGAAUUUGUUUACAUCAAACAGGAAGGCUACUAUAUUAUCAAAACACUACUGUUGACAGUUUAGUGAAAUGAAAAAGUUUGAUGAA